AAAUAAAGCUUGAAAAACAAACCCAGCUUCCUUAUUGGCUUCUGGCAAACAUGCCCCUUGAUAAGCCGCUCUUCUCAUUCUUCCAAGGAAAGAAUGCAAGAACCACCAAGAAUUCUCGGGAUUACAGAGCGCUCAUAAAAGGGGCUGCAGUGCUGACUAGACCAUUCAGGCAAGGAUCAAGAUCGAGCAGACAUGCCUGCUGGGAGCCCUCGCACGUUCCUCCUGCUGGUGGUCUUUGUCCUGGACAUCUUUGCUGAUCCCUGUGAGGGCCAAGAGUUGCGAUGUCAGUGUAUCCAGACAUAUUCUGAGUUUAUUUCUCCCAAAUUCAUUACAAAUGUCCAGUUAAUACCUGAAGGUGCUUACUGCAGCAGAAAAGAAGUCAUUGUCACAUUGAAAGAUGGGAAAAUAGUUUGUUUGGAUCCUGAGGCUGACUGGGUGAUGACUAUUAUCAAAAAGCUUAUCAACAGUAACUGAUGGCCACACAAAGAACAUCACAUCGUAUGAGUAUCAAGAGCCCUUGGUAUCAUUGUGAGCUUGGACAUCCUCCAGAGUUUUUACCCACAAGUUUUUCUUCAAUUUAUGCUAAUUUAGGACUAGAAUGAACUGCUUUCUAUACUCUCUCUGGGAACCUCAGCAUUGUUUUCAAACACGUGACUGGCUACUUGGGAAGGGAGUAAUGGCAGGAGAGGUGAUGAAAUUUCCAUUGUGCAGGAAGGAUAAUCUCCCAAACUCAUACAGCAGGUGAAAGGUUUUCCUGGUAGGCUCAAUAUAUCUUAACAGAUUCUAUUUCUUCCAUGCUGUCUCCUAGCACCCUUUCAUCCACUUAACUUCCCAGUGGACUCUGGCAUUUGAUCAUUGUUUUGCUCUCUACCUCAUUCUUAUAUGUCAUCCUUAAUGGCAUCAUUAUGUUUCUUUAUUAAGUUAUCAACAUCUAUUAACUUAUUGAGCCUCUUGAUUGCUCAGUCUUUUGAGUUCCAAAGGCUUUAACCUCCUCUCCAUUUCAGUCACUCACAACCUUGGGUCUCAGCAUAAAGUAAGGUUGUUUAUCUACAGUCUUCAAAACUGAAAUACUUCUUGGGGAAUGUGGAUAAAAUGAGAGUUCCUGUGACCAGGAUUCUCACCUGGCCCUGGUUGACUAGCUCACUGCACACCUGUGGGCAAUACAUGGCUGUUGACUCUAUAUAAAGAGCUCUGCCCAUUGCU